AUGAUUGUAGGAUUAGAUACAACAUAUACCAUAACAGCCGGAUUUCAUGAAUUUAUUCAAGAGACUGAUAUAUGCUAUCAUUUUGGCCUACCUACAUGCUCGCAAAAGACUGAACCAUUUCGAAUGAAAGUUUGUUCGGGCUACAAUGUUUAUCAAAUUAGUAGUUUAUCGGCAUGUUAUUUGAACUAUUGCAGUCAGAUUAAAGAUGAAAAUUCUGCUCUCGGCCAACUACCGUCAUCUGCCGUUCCUGUACGCCUUGUUUCUGGAAACGGUCAUUCGAGUGGACGUGUAGAAGUCUAUCACUCAGGAAAAUGGGGCACAGUCUGUCGUGAUGGUUUCAAGAUAAAUACUGCUCAUGUAAUAUGCAAGCAAUUAGGGUUUCUUAGUACAAAUAGGGUAUACACCGCAAGUGGAGGAACAGGUGAAAUAUGGCUUGAUGAUUUAGACUGUCAUGGUGACGAGCUUUCAAUUGGAGCAUGCAAACACAGCGGAUGGGGAAAGCAUAACUGCGACCAUAGUGAAGAUGUUGGCAUUUCUUGUGAAAGAACAUUAUCUUCCGUUCCUGUACGUCUCAUUUCUCCGAAGAAUUGCUCUAUUGGACGUUUAGAAGUUUACUACUCGGGAAGUUGGGGUACAGUAUGCAAAAAUCAAUUCGAUCUGAAAGAUGCGAAUGUAGUAUGCAAGCAGCUAGGAUUUCCGAAAGCAAACAACUUUCAUACCUCUCCUGGAGGAUCAGCACUGUCUGCCGUCCCUGUACGCCUCGUUUCUGGUAAUAGUGAUCACAAAGGACGUUUAGAAGUUUAUUACUCAGGAAGAUGGGGAACAGUAUGUAAUCACGAUUUCAGCUUGGAUAAUGCUCAGGAAGUCUAUACCUCUGGUGGAGGAACGGGCUAUAUCUGGCUUGAUCGUGUCAACUGUAAUGGUGAUGAAUUUUCCAUUGCGGCUUGCAAACAUAGCGGUUGGGGAAGGCAUGAUUGUAACCAUACCAAGGAUGUUGGGAUUUCCUGCGAAUCGAAAAUUACUACUGUUCCUGUACGUCUUGUUUCUGGCGGUAACUCCUAUGGUCGGGUAGAAAUCUAUUAUAACAAUCGAUGGGCAACAGUUUGUGGCGACCAUUUUGGGUUAGCCGAAGCACAUGUCGUGUGCAGACAACUAGGGUUUCUUGGAGCCAGUGCAGUUCAAAAUUAUGGCGCAGAAUAUGGUACUAUCUAUCUAGAUGAUGUUAAUUGUACUGGUGUAGAACCUUCACUUGCUUCUUGCCAACAUCGAGGAUGGGGAAUACAUAACUGUCAUCAUUCGGCCGAUGUCGGAGUCAACUGUACUAACAACGGAAGCUGUAAGUUCUAUCAUUAG